AUGCAGUCCUCCUUCAACUAUCCUGAUUCCUCCUACUCCUCCUCAGGCUCCUACUCAUCUUCUCCCGGCGACAUGGAUUUCUUCUUCUACGGUCCAUCCGUCUAUGACAAGCUCUACGACAUAGAUGCCGCCAGCCCAUUCUCCACCCCAGAGUUUGCCCCGGAGUUCGUAUCAGAGCCCAUGAGCUAUAGCUUCACUAGCGCCCCCGCUCCAUAUGUCCAUCCUUCCAUCUACGAUGCGAACAUUUUGGCUACCGGUCUCCCCAGUCCAGCCGCGAGUAGCAGCUGCGGAAGUAGCUAUGGAAGUAUGAAUAUGGCCGACGAGGUACCCGUUCCCGCAGGCAUGUUCCCCAGCGCCCCGGGCGAGGAUUCGGGCCCUGAGUCCCCACCCACUGCCUCGAAGCCUGCUAAGCCCUUUGGAUGCGACAACUGCCAUAAGACCUUCACGCGCUUCGCAGAUCUAAAGCGUCACCAGACUUCUGUCCAUUUCCCUGUCUUUCGCAACUGUCCUGUUGAACACUGCUCUCGUAAAGGCAGCAACGGCUUUCCCCGCCAGGACCACCUGGUCGAGCAUCUUCGUUCUUACCACCAUCUUGAUGUGCCGAAACGUCCUCGACGCGCCUUGAAACGCUCCGCCAAGGAUAUGGCUUAA